UCAAGUUCAAAUUUAGUUCCCAGUUUACCUCUAUUUAAGUUUCUGUGGGUACUGGUCGACCUUUGCAUUUGUAACAUCCAGCUUAACCUGAAAUCAAUGGAUGCUACAACAGCCCAAUUCCAAUGCCCAUUAGGCCAUUCCAAAAUUCUUCAUCUGUUGAGGCAUGCACAAGGAAUUCAUAACGUAGCAGGAGAGAAGGAUCACAGUGCUUUAUUAUCCCCUGAAUUUUUUGAUGCACCACUCUCCCCUCUGGGCUGCCAACAGGUUACCAAUCUACGCAACUAUGUUCUUGCUUCUGGACUGCUUAAGAGGAUUGAUUUAGUCAUCACUUCUCCUUUAUUAAGGAGCAUGCAAACAGCAGUUGAAAUCUUUGGAAGUGAAGAAUCAGGUCUCGAGCGCCCACCGAUUGUAGCAAUUGAACUUUGUAGAGAACGCCUGGGAGUUCAUCCAUGUGAUAAGAGGAGAACUAUUUGCCAAUAUCGAAAUCUUUUCCCUGAAAUUGAUUUUUCAUGGAUAGAGAGUGAUGAUGACAUUUUGUGGAAGGCUGAUGUGAGGGAGACGAGCGAAGAAAUUGCAGCUAGGGGCUUGAAGUUUAUGAACUGGUUGUGGACACGACAAGAGAGGGAAAUUGCAGUUGUUUCUCACAGUAAAUUCUUGCUCUAUACACUGAGUGCCUUACCAAUUGAUUGUCAUCCAUCACUGCGAAGUGAAAUUUGCAAACAAUUCGAGAAUUGCGAGCUUCGUUCAUUGAUGAUGGUUGAUAAAAGGAUGGUGGCAGUCACCAACAAGUAUCUUCCUGUCUCAUCUGAGGAGGGGAAUAUCCGAAAGCAUGAGUCUCAGCUGCAAGCAUAUCCUUAAAAUAUUGGGUAUUGCUCCACUGAGGAAGGAAUAUGUUCGUUCUAAUAUUAUACUAUGUUCUUCAUAAAGGGGAAGCUACUUUGUACUCGUAUUGUCUAUCAUCGAUAUAAUGAAUCAACUACAGGCAUUUUCCAUUCUAA